GUCAGAUGACGUCACUUCUAAACAUGGCGCCGUCCUUGCAGUCGGUGUGUGGACCUGAUAGACAUUUCAACAGUGAGAAGUUUAAUGUUGUUUAGAGGACUAAAGCGAGAUACAUCAUCGCGAACAGUAUGGAUAGACGAGAAUUCACAGCCUCCCUUGUGGCAGGUGGCUGUGCAGGAAUGUGUGUAGAUCUCACUCUCUUCCCUCUGGACACCAUAAAGACAAGGUUACAAGCCCAGCAGGGCUUCUACAAGGCAGGAGGUUUCCGGGGCAUCUAUGCAGGUGUCCCAUCUGCUGCUAUAGGCUCCUUUCCUAAUGCUGCAGCAUUCUUCGUCACCUAUGACAGCACCAAGUCCCUCCUUGCUGGCUUCACUGCUCCACACUUGGCUCCCAUCACUCACAUGCUGGCCGCUUCACUUGGAGAAAUUGUUGCCUGUCUGAUCCGUGUACCGACUGAAGUGGUAAAACAGAGGACGCAGGCCAAUCCAUCCCUCAGUACAUAUCGUGUGCUGCUGAAUACACUACAAGUAGAGGGUUUCAGAGGAUUAUACAGAGGUUAUGGCAGUACAGUCCUCAGGGAGAUCCCGUUCUCACUGGUGCAGUUUCCUCUCUGGGAGUACCUGAAGGCCGUGUGGUGGAGGAGUCAGGGGGGAAAGCUGGACUCUUGGCAAGCAGCAGUUUGCGGAGCUGUUGCAGGUGGAGUAGCAGCAUUCGUCACGACUCCGCUGGAUGUGGCCAAGACUUGGAUAAUGUUGGCUAAGGCCGGGACGAGCAUAGCCAAUGGAAACAUCCCUCUGGUUUUGUAUGAAGUGUGGAAAAGCAGAGGAAUACCUGGGCUGUUCGCUGGGAGCAUUCCCAGAAUGACGUUCAUCAGCAUGGGAGGUUUCAUCUUUCUUGGAGCAUACGAGAAAGUGCGACGUAUGGUUUUAAAAGCACCAUCUACAUAGAACACAAUGAGGUCCGGACCGUUUCAUCAACAUCAGAAUCUGCAAAAACAGAAGUGAAAUAUAAACGUUACAGUCGAGCUCGAGGUCAAGCCGGUCCCAAUUUGAACUGGUGGUCUUGAGGGGCACAGCUCUGACACCUGGGGCCUGGAGAAAAGAUCAUGUAUCAUGUCAGUUCGCAUUCCUGCUCAUCGGUGCACAACAUAUUGAGAACUCAAGUGUCAUGUUUGCAUUUGAUUUAUAAAAGCCUAUUUUGAAUUUCAUGCAAAAGGGUUUUUACAUAAAUGAAUGUUAUUGUAUUUCAAUAUGACUACUGAUUAUUAAAUACAGUUUGUGUUUUAAGAAUUA